GAGAAAGACGCAGGCCCCGGAGCUGCCACUGAUGCUGCUGCUGAUGCUGCAGCCGUUUGACGACUCCCCACCCAGAGAAGGAAAGGGAAGAGGAAGGAAGCGACACCUCGGUCAACAUGUGCCGUCGUUAGCCUCACGCGAGAGCAAAGCUCCACGCUGCCUUGCAGGAGAAAAAUCGUCUCAAUCUGCAGCUGAUUGGCCGUCACCUGAAGGCCUCCAAAUAUGACCAGGUACAGUCCGACUUCCAUCAGCUGAAAGACACGCUUGCCGUGGUGAGCCAGCAGAGAGACGCGGCCCAACAGCAGCGUAGCCAACUUCGAGGCCAAGUGGAGAACCUGGAACAGGUUCUCAAGCAUAUGCACGAGACUGUCAAGGAGAAGCAGCGGCCACAAACAGAGCAUGAGCAGGCCAAGCAGAAGAAGAUCCAUCAAUUGCAAAAGGCCCGCCUUCAAGCAGACCGUGACCAUGAGCAAGCCGUACAACUGUUAGAGGUCCAGAUUUGUGACCUGGAGCAGACAUGCGGGUCACCGAGUGAAAACUUCCAUCAUCUGUCCAAAGAGCUGCUGGAAUUCCGUUUACAAUCCCAUCCCGUGGAAAUCCUCCUAAGUAAAGCCCCCGCCAAAUCCUUCAAUUUUCUCUCGGCGGAGGAGCGGCUCCCUGAAGUUGUUGUCGGAUUUGAAAGCCAGACAGAAGCAGGCGAUGAGAGCGCGCCAAACGCACCACCACUGAACUCUAAGUUCUCGCAGUGCCCAAAGCAGACUGGAGACAGGGAUAGCGCAGAUUGGCCGUCUGUCGAGUCCCGCACCGUGAAAACGGAACGCGCCGGCUGCACUCAGCGGCUGACCCCAUCAGCGAUGGAGGAUGAACCAAGCCCAUCACCCAGGUCCAAGCCUCGCUACACAGGCCAGGUCCGACUUUGCACUGCCCGAUACAGUUACAAUCCCUAUGACGGACCAAAUGAACAUCCUGAAGCAGAGCUCCCUCUUGUGGCUGGGAAGUAUUUGUAUGUGUACGGCAACAUGGAUGACGACGGAUUCUACGAAGGGGAGCUGCUGGACGGCCAGCGAGGACUUGUCCCAUCAAACUUUGUCGAGUUUGUCCAGGACAAGGAGAAGCUGUCCAUUCAAGCCGGAGAUGGAGAAGAUCUUGGCCCGGUCGAACAUACACCCCGAGCCUUGAUGCCUGUGGAUGGAGGUCCCGGCCAGGAUGUUCUCCUGGGCUCGGCGAACGCCUUGGUACCCUGUAGCAACGGCACGGUUGGCCCCCUGGACCCGGAGGACCUGGCUGAAGACGUUGUGCCUUAUCCCCGAAAGAUCACUCUGAUCAAGCAGCUGGCGCGAAGCGUCAUCGUAGCUUGGGAGCCUCCGGUCGUGCCUUUGGGCUGGGGGAACAUCUCCGGCUACAACGUGUUAGCGGACGGGGAGAUGCGAGCCAGCAUACAGUUUGGCGGGCGUACCAAAUGCUUACUGGAGAAACUGGACCUGGACGGAUGCGUCCACCGCGUGUCGGUACAGAGCGUCACCGACAGGGGCUUGUCGGACGAACUACGCUGCACCCUUUUAGUGGGAGCCAACGUUGUAGUGGCGCCUUGCGGCCUCCGGGUGGAUGACAUCCAGCGAGACACAGCCGAGCUCUCCUGGUUGCCUAGCAACAGCAACUACGGUCACACCGUCUUCUUGGACGGAGUGGAGCACGCGCCGUUGAAGCCGGGGAGAUACAGACUACGUUUCUUCAACUUAAAGCCGCUGACGGUGUACAAAGUGUCGGUGGUGGCACAGCCUCACCAGGUGCCAUGGCAACUGCCUUUGGAGCAGAGGGAGAGGAAGGAAGCGGGAGUGGAAUUCUGCACUCAGGCUGCAGGUCCCCCCCUGCCUCCGCAAGAUGUGCAGGUGCUCUGUGGGCAGGCACCAGGGGUCCUACAGGUUCGUUGGAAGCCCCCCCUUAUGUCUCCGUCAGGCACGUCCAAUGGUGCCAAUGUCCUUGGCUAUGCUGUCUGCACUAAAGGACAGAAGAUUGCAGAGGUGAUGUUCCCAAUGGCGGACUACGUGACGGUGGAGAUGACGAGGAUACAGUGCCUGGAGGCCAGGGAGGUGAUAGUCCGGACGCUGUCCGCACAGGGAGAGUCGCAGGACUCCCACGUGGCCCUCAUUCCAAACAACCUGCUCGUGCCUCUACCUCCGCUUCCUCUGCCAGCGCCAAUGCACCCCCAUCCCCACGGCCAACCUCACCUCACAUCCCCUCACCACCCUCACGCCCCCCCGCAGCUUCCUGCCCCGCCCCAAGCCCACGGACAGCCGGCCCCACGCCAUCCCUACCCCUAUGCCCCGCACCCUCAACCGAGAGUCCCUCACCCAGGCGGGCCCCAACCAAACCAGAGUCGACCGCCGCACCCUCAUCCGCAGCAGCCCCUGCACCUCCACCAAGGUCCCAGGCCCCAGCACCGACUGCCUCUGCAGCCCCACGCCCAUCCCCACCCCGUACCUCAGAGACCAGUAAGUGCCAGAGACCUGGAUGCCAAAGAGCAAGCCGCCCACCACGGAGCUGCCGUCCCGCCCGGUUGGGACCUUGCACGCUCCCCUUCGUCUCAGCCGCCCAUACCCAUGCAGGGCCACACCCUUGAGCCCCCUCCCCCUGGCAAUCCACGUUGCCCCUCCCCUCAGAGGAUUCUACCGCAACCGAGAGGCACUCUUAUCCCAGACAACGUGGCCAAAGCCAUCGCCCGGGAAGCGGCGCAGAGGGUGGCGGCGGAGAGCGGCAAGGGGGACCGGAGGCCUGUUAGCUACGGUGAACAGGGUCAGUCCUUUCACCAGCAUCACUCUGAUGAAGACGAGGAAGACGAAGAAGGGUUCCCACGUCGCCGCCGACGAGGACCUUCGGUCGACGAGUUCCUCCGAGGCUCUGAGCUAGGAAGGCCGCCUCACUAUAGUCACAAUGAAGAUUAUCACAGCGAGAGCAGCCGCGGCUCUGACCUGUCUGACAUCAUGGAAGAGGAUGAGGAGGAGCUGUACUCAGAGAUGCAGCUGGACGAGGGACGCCGACGCAACUCGCACAACACACCCAAGUCAAACACUCCCUCUAGAGGCCGUCACGACCGGGAGGGCGGGCGAAAGAUUCAUCACGGUGGCUCGCAGCCUCAGAGACGACCUCUGAUGGUCCCUGCCAUCGAAGUAACCUUUGAGAAUAACCGUGAGGGAAACAUGUCCCGCAUCACGGAGAACUAUGGCAGAGUAGCUCGGUUCAGGACCGGGUCUUCCCGCAGGCACGGGGGCGGCACCAGGUCUCCCCAGGAUGGCUACAGGGAUCGUCACUCUCCCACCUACUUUGAUGAGUCGGAGCCAGAGGAGGCCUUUCGGGUAUUUGUGGCGCUCUUCGACUACGACCCUCUGUCCAUGUCCCCUAACCCUGACGCGGCCGAUGAAGAGUUGCCCUUCAAAGAGGGACAAAUCAUCAGGAUAUUUGGUGAUAAAGACACCGACGGGUUCUACAGAGGAGAAGUAAGAGGCAGGAUGGGGCUGAUCCCGUGUAACAUGGUGUCCGAGAUACGAGCGGAGGAUGACGAAACUAUGGAUCAACUCAUCAAACAAGGCUUCCUACCUCUCAGCACCCCGGUGGACCGAUUAGAGCAGAACAGAAGAGCCCUCCGUCGAGGUGAGGCCUCCAGGAGGAUGGUGGCUUUGUAUGACUACGACCCCCGAGAGAGCUCGCCGAAUGUUGACGUUGAGGCUGAGCUGACCUUCUGCACCGGUGACAUCAUUGCAGUAUUUGGUGAUAUCGAUGAAGACGGCUUCUACUAUGGUGAGAUCAACGGCCACCGGGGUCUGGUUCCCUCCAACUUCCUGGAAGAAGUGCCUGACGACGUGGAGGUGUAUCUGACCGAUACGCCCUCCAACUUCCCCCCCGAGGAGCCCGCCAACCGGCUCCCCGCCAACUCUGCCGCCAGCGUCCCGGAGGGCAAACGGAUCACCACGGAAACGCUGGUCGAUAACGACGUCACGCCCGUCCGGGCGCCGUCCCCGAUCGUCCGCCCGCUGCUGCCGGGCACCAUGCGACCCCUCAGCCCGACGAGAGGACCAACCAGCCUUCCCCUGGACCUGCGGGACCAUCAAGAUUUUGCAAACAAAAAAAAGAAAGGACUCCUCUCCAAGGGGAAGAAGUUACUCAAGCGACUGUCCCCUGCCAAAUGAAAAUGUACAGUGUAGCCGCUCGACAUUCUGAUUUUCUCCGGGACUGAGCUUUGUUCAGUUCCUCUGUUUUCCAAAUCGAUGACGUUCUGUAUAGUGCCAAAAUCGACCACAAAAAACACAUUACUGUGAUGUAUUUUUAAUCAAGAGAUUCUUUUCAUGACAUAUAUUUAAUUUUUGCUGAGAAACUAUUCAUGCAGGGUACCUGGGAUGUGUCCUGUAUAUUUUGCUUGGGUUGAAAAAGUGAUACAAGCUGCUAACGUGACGGGCUCUAUUUUUUGUCACGACGUAAAUCUAGCGUGUAUGCGCAGGCUGGCGGAUCUGUGAGCGGGAGGGCUGCGCCGACGAGGGCGUGAUCACAGUCGACCUCAAAUUGACCAAAAUCGAGUGAGAACACCUGCACCAGUUUCUAGACGUGAUCUGAACGCUCAUACUUAGCCCAAGGACACAGUUUGGUAAAAACCCGUCUGCCAAAUUGCCAAACACGCCUUAGACCGAAACAACAAUCAGGCGCAGGUGCGUCCCCGACGGAAAUAGAGCCCAAAGGCUUUAUUCAGUGCAAUAUUGUAUACAGGCGGUAGCAUAUGUGGGAAGGAAAGAGUUAUUAGGAAUGAUUUGAAAUCAUGAUGCAUUCAUGCAAGAAGAGCUUUUGGAGCACCAGGCGAGCCUCUCAGUGGCCUUUACCAAAACAGCAUGUGUGAUGUUUCUUGUUUGAGUUGUUUUGUCAUCUUUGAAAGUCAAAUCAUAGCAGUUGGCUUCAUAAUUAUUUGUACAAUGACAUGAUUGGAGCUUCAAAUCAAAAUGUAAUCACUUUGUGUUUACAUUGAAAUAUUUUUUUGAACCAAACUGUUUUUUGACGUGAUUUGAAGGAAUGACAUGUCUUAUUCGAUGCAAAAUGUCUUUUUUUUUUGUUGCGCAAGGUUGUAUGAUGCUUACAAAGUAAUAUGUUUUAUGUGCUGACUUUUUUUAAAUGCUUUUUUUCUUCAUAUCAAACGUUGUCAAGUGAUGUAAUUCAUUUGUCAUCAUAUUGGCGAAAAUAUUUAAUACAAGCAGAAGGCCACGUUAAAACCUUGUUAAAUGGACAAAUCAAAAGGGUUGGUUGUGUGAGUAAAAAAAAAAAAGUCACUUCUUUUAAGUGAAAUUUUUCUAGCUGACAUUUAUUUAUCACUACUUUUCCUUAUACACUUAUACACAAUCUUGCGCUGUUUACUAGGUAGUGGUAAACAAGGCAGCCAUGAUUGUUAACCAGCUCACUCGUAAAGAGGCAAGUCGCCGGGUGCUGGUGCAAUCCCCGACAAUGGUAGGAGCCGUGGUUCGUGCCAUAACAACGGCAGUUGACAUGGAGACAGCCCGUUGCACUGCAAGCAUCCUCCACACCCUGUCACAUCAGAGUCAGGGCCUGCAGGCCACAUUCAAGUCCGAAUACCAGCAUUUGUCCGGAUGCUGAGGUACAAUGAUUUUAUCUGGAUUACAAAACAUUCAUGUUUGAGUCUACCAUACAGUACAUAUCACUGAUCUAUUUUUCCCAAGUAUUUAUGGAUAUUUUUCUCCUCUGAAAUAGUAGCUUGUGAGCUGCCCCAUGAAACUAGAGGGUUCCAUGGUGUAGUACUUUCACUUUGAAUCCACUGAUCUGAGUUCACGUCUC